AUGUUCACUUCAGUUCUGCGCAAAUCGGACAACCUAUUACUUGAAGUGUUCCUUCGCAUGGUAACAGUUACCACUCGGAUUGAUUCCAGUCAUAAGUCACUUACGACUUCAUUACAGUCAUCUAAUAUUCUUGCCACAAGCAUUUCUAAAGCGGAUUUACUCAACAAUCCUGAUCCGUCAAAAUAUUGCCAGCAUUUGGGAGUUGGAAGCAGUGUUUCGCUUUUACAGAAGUGGAUAGCUGAACUAGAUAUCAAUCAACUUUACCCACGUUUGCCGGAUUCCGGCAAUCUGGCUGCUCUUGUAGCACACAAUGACUGCCUAAAGAAACUCGUCAGACUCGGCGUAGAUCUCUCGCGAAUCGAGUCUGAGCCCGGUGUGGCUAACCUUCUUGUUAAGACUGAUUUUAACGUUUCCGUGGCUCCCAAGUUAUGGCUUUUUGCCGACUUUGGAUUUGAAUUGCCGCUUGUCGCCCGUAUUUUUACACGUGUCCCCAAAACCAUCAUUAAGGUCUCAACUGAAGAGAUCUCCUCCCGGCUAAAGUACUUCACUGAUCGUGGAUUCGGCGCAAAGGACGUGAUUCACAUGGUAUCAGAUCAGCCACAGAUUCUGGCACUAACAAGUGUUGAAGUCGAUAGGCGGCUGGGGACUCUCAUGAACACAUUUCAUUUGAAUGCUGACCAAGUUCGCCACAUUGCGAAAGAGGCCCCCAAAUGUAUUGUACAAGAGACGAAGUCCACGAAAGACGUUUUUGUUGUGCUCACAAAAAUGAUGGGCUUUCCAGUGGCCACGGCGCGACAAAUGGUGAACGAUUUUCCGCCGAUUGUCAUGUCAAGUAACCGUGUUCUCUCGACGAACGUCUUUCACUUGCACAAGCGUUUAGAACUCGAGUUUGAUCUGAUAGCACUUUGUCCUCGUGCCCUGUGUGCACCCCCUCGUAUUCUAAAGGAGAGGACGAAUUUCCUAAAGCUGUGCGGUCUCUUUCAACCAGAUGGCAGGAGGCCUCUGUACACACCCUUGGACGCAAUAGUUCAAGGAUCCGACGAAGACUUUUGUCGACGGUUUGCUCGAGGCAAUGAAGAUCUGUUUAAUGAUUAUCUCCGCACAUUGUAA